AUGGUGAUGCUGACGAUCGCUACGGCCGUGGCAUGCAUGCUGAUGCAUCAUGUUCAGUACAGCGUUGCCGACAAUGUUCCAUCGAGGUGCAUCAGCGAGCUGCGUAAGUUUCAGAUUUGCACUCGCACGAACCUCCGCAACAUAAUAUAUAACCAGACGCUGCUCAGCACCCGGAAACGACAAAUAUCGCAGUGCUUCUCCGGAAGCGGAUGCCACAUGCCUUCGCUGGCUUCCAAUCCGCAGGUGGCGCAGAUUUCCGGAUCAAGCGUUCCGUACCCGUCGAUGCAGUACUGUAUGAAGCUGGCGAUUGCUGGGGCCAAGCAGCGCAUCGAGAAGUGCAUGGCGCGCGUCGUACCACAUUUCACCUUCAGUGUCACCGGCAGUACGAAACUUGCAAGCGGAGAUUUCGGCCAAAUACUGUACGUUGAUUGGAGAACGUUUGAUUUCAGACGCGGCACGUGCAACGGUUGCAUGCCACAUUCUGGCUUGAACCAUUCGAAAUUCAGAGCUCAUGAUUUUCGGUAG